GCGCCUCUUGCCCGCAGCCGCCGCGAGUGGCACAGAGCAAACAGCGGCUGUUGUGCGCAUGAUGCACCGUGUUGGACGCACCUGCGAGGAGCGAUAAAGGCAGCCCGGAGACGGCGCUGCUUCUAACUGGAUCCUGGAUAUUUUUGUAAAAGCAAAAAAAAAAAAGAAAAAAAAAAAGGGAGGGAAAGUGGGUCCGUGUACACUGGCAGCUGGAUUUUAGCAGGUGGAUACUUUUGGUCUGCUGAUCUGAGUGAUGAAACCGUGGAUCCACUCAUACCUCCACUUCACAUCUAAAAACAUGGAGGAAAUUCCACUUUCCCUGAGAAUCAGAGAAGAAUAUUGGAUCAGACCUUACACCAGAAAUAAUGCUCUGAAGAUUAAAAAAGCAUAAAAAUCAGAAAAGGAUUCUUCUGCAUGAUCACUGCCUUGCAGCGUCUGGACAAUUUCUUACUCUUAAGACUGUUAACGCCAACGACUGUUAUCCUUCUAUCCCCUUGUUCCCUUUAAAAGCAUAUUUUUUAUAAGAAAUAUCUAUAUGAAUAUAUCUCAAUACAUAUUGUGGAUAAAAGUGGAUUCCAGAAAUUCAGCUAGAAGAUUUCCAUCCCUUUGACUCCCUGUUGGACAUUUUCUUGGAUUAACUCUUUGCAGCUAUGGAUCUUGUAGGCUUUUCUAUCAGACUGCAGUUAUUCCUCAGCUCCUGUUUGGGAUUGGAAUUUUUAGGUACUCCAGGCCAGUGGGCACGCUACCUCCGCUGGGACGCCAGCACCCGCGGUGACCUCAGCUUUCAGUUCAAGACAGAGGCCUCAGAGUCACUGCUGCUGUACUUUGAUGAUGGAGGAUACUGUGACUUUCUGCAGCUGGGGGUGGUGGAGGGUCGACUGCAGCUGCGCUUCAGCAUUGACUGCGCUGAGACCACGGUUGUUUCCGACAGGCGGGUGGACGACGGCAGCUGGCACGCCGCCACGCUGAGCAGGUAUAACCUGCGCACGGUACUGGUGCUGGACGGCCAGGCCAAAGCCGACGAGGUGAAACCUCAGCGUCAGUUCAUGAAAAUAGUCAGCGACCUGUUCCUGGGUGGAGUACCUCAGGAUAUCCGCAACGGUGCACUUACACUGCCGACGGUGCGAACCAUGCAACCCUUCAGGGGAACAAUUACAGACCUCAAGUUUGGCAGCUCACAGCCCCUGUUCCUGGGAAGCCUUAAGGUGCCCCUGGAGUCAGAGGGUUGGUGCACUGUCAACCCUUGUGAGAACGGUGGAACGUGCAUGGUGAUAGACGGAGAACCGGUCUGCGACUGCUCCCAGACGAAAUACAAGGGCCGCUUCUGCAAUGAAGGGGUCAGGAAGACCAUACCAGGCCUCGCACACAUGAUGGCAGAACAAGCUAAAAGCAAAGCAAGGGAAGAAAACGUUGCCACCUUCCGUGGCUCGGAGUACUUCUGUUAUGACCUCUCCCAGAACCCGAUCCAGAGCAGCAGCGACGAGAUCACGCUGUCCUUCAAGACGUGGCAGCGCAACGGCCUCAUCCUGCACACGGGGAAGUCAGCCGACUACGUCAACCUGGCUCUGAAGGACGGUGCGGUCUCCCUGGUCAUCAACUUGGGCUCCGGAGCAUUUGAAGCCAUCGUUGAACCCGUCAAUGGGAAAUUCAAUGACAACUCAUGGCAUGAUGUGAAAGUGACCCGGAACCUGCGACAGGUGACGAUAUCUGUGGAUGGGAUUUUGACCACCACGGGUUAUACCCAGGAGGACUACACCAUGCUGGGCUCAGAUGACUUCUUCUACGUGGGUGGGAGCCCCAGCACAGCCGACCUGCCGGGAUCUCCAGUUAGCAACAACUUCAUGGGCUGUCUCAAGGAGGUGGUGUACAAGAACAAUGACAUCCGUCUGGAGUUGUCCAGGAUGGCUCGGAUUCUGGAUCCAAAGAUGAAAAUCCAAGGUGAGGUGUCCUACAAAUGUGAGAAUGUGGCCACGUUGGACCCAAUCUCCUUUGAGACUCCAGAGGCGUACAUCAGCCUCCCCAAGUGGAAUACCAAGAGGAUGGGAUCGAUCUCUUUCGACUUCCGCACGACUGAGCCCAAUGGACUCAUCCUCUUCACUCAUGGAAAGCGUCAGGAGCGCAAAGAUGCAGCUCGCAGCCAGAAAAACACCAAGGUGGAUUUCUUUGCUGUGGAGCUCCUAGAUGGAAGCCUGUACCUACUAUUGGAUAUGGGCUCAGGGACGAUAAAGGUGAAAGCCACCCAGACAAAAGUGAACGAUGGGGCAUGGUACCAUGUGGACAUUCAGAGAGAUGGACGCUCUGGCACCAUCUCUGUAAACAGCAGACGGACGCCAUUUACAGCCAGUGGUGAGAGUGAAAUUCUGGACCUGGAGGGAGACAUGUAUCUGGGAGGCCUUCCAGUUGACCGCUCCAACCUCAUCCUGCCCACCGAGCUCUGGACGGCAAUGCUCAACUACGGCUACGUCGGGUGCAUCCGUGACCUUUUCAUCGACGGUCGCAGCAAGGACAUCCGUCAGAUCGCAGAGGCACAAAAUGGUGCCGGUAUCAAACCCUCAUGCAACAAACAGCAAGGAAAGCAGUGCGAGAGCUAUCCAUGCAAAAACCGGGGAGUCUGCAAAGAGGGUUGGAACCGAUUCAUCUGUGAUUGCACUGGCACCGGGUACUGGUCACGUACCUGUGAGAGAGAGGCCUCCAUUCUCUCCUAUGAUGGAAGCAUGUACAUGAAGGUGGUGAUGCCAACUGUCAUGCACACCGAGGCCGAAGAUGUCUCCCUGCGGUUCCGUUCGCAGCGGGCCUACGGCCUCCUCAUGGCCACCACCUCCCAGGACUCGGCCGACACACUGCGGCUCGAGUUGGAUGGGAGCCGCGUCAAACUCACAGUCAACCUAGACUGUAUCAGGAUAAACUGUAACUCCAGCAAGGGACCGGAGACCCUGUAUGCCGGGCAAAAGCUCAAUGAUAAUGAAUGGCAUACAGUGCGCGUGGUGCGUCGGGGCAAAACCUACAAGCUAACGGUUGACGAUGAUGUAGCAGAAGGACAAAUGGUGGGCGAUCACACUCGGCUGGAGUUCCACAACAUCGAAACGGGAAUCAUGACAGAACGCCGGUUCGUUUCCACCAUCCCAUCCAGCUUCAUCGGUCACCUCCAGAGCCUGAGGUUUAACGGCAUGCUGUACAUUGACUUGUGCAAGAACGGCGACAUUGAUUACUGUGAGCUCAAUGCUCGCUUCGGGGUUCGCUCCAUUAUUGCUGACCCGGUUACCUUCAAGACAAAAAGCAGCUACCUGAGUCUGGCUACUCUGCAGGCCUACACGUCCAUGCACCUCUUCUUCCAGUUCAAGACCACUUCCCCUGAUGGCUUCAUCCUCUUCAACUCUGGGGAUGGAAAUGAUUUUAUUGCUGUAGAAUUGGUCAAAGGAUACAUCCACUAUGUUUUUGAUCUUGGAAAUGGGCCCAACCUCAUCAAAGGCAAAAGUGAAAGGUCGCUAAAUGACAAUCAGUGGCACAAUGUCGCUAUCACCCGAGACAAUAGCAAUACCCACACACUGAAAGUAGAUGCUACAGCCACAAGUCAGACUAUCAAUGGAGCAAAAAACCUUGACCUGAAAGGUGAUCUGUUCAUCGCAGGCCUGGGUCCAGGCAUGUAUGGAAACCUCCCCAAACUGGUGGCUUCCAGAGAAGGCUUUCAGGGCUGCUUGGCUUCCAUGGACCUCAACGGUCGCCUGCCAGACCUCCUGAACGAUGCCUUGUUCCGCAGCGGCCAGAUCGAGCGCGGAUGUGAAGGUCCAAGCACGACUUGUCAGGAGGACUCCUGUGCCAACAUGGGGAUCUGCAUCCAACAGUGGGAGAACUACACCUGUGACUGCUCCAUGACCUCCUACACUGGGACGCAGUGCAGUGACCGUAAGUUCAUUUGUCGUGCUCUCAUGUCUAGCAUUGCACCACACGACUCCCUGUAUUAACACAUUGGUGAUGCA